AUGGUCUUGCGAAAACGAGCUCCGCCACAUCUUUAUAGCCUCAGUCAAGGGAAUGCUCGUUUCGCACCUCGCGCUACAGCUGCACAAACAUCCCCGACCGCGAAAUCUACUGCAUCUCUAUCCCCGAAGCGUCUGACUCGUCCUCGUCGAGCUCAGAGCUCUCCUCAGCCUCAGCGUCUCGACUCGCAGGAAUCGAUAUACUCCCCUGACCUCAACACGUCUCCAGCCUUCGACCUGAUGCCACUAGAACAGGCCCAGAAGUCUCCCGUCCGGUCAUCCGCCGGUGAUGCGCCCAAUCCGUGGGCCGACGAAUUGGUGGAGAGGCCGGACCAGAGCCGCCAGGAGUAUACCAGCCCGGAGCUUCCACCAGGUGGUAAUGGCUCGCAGGUAGAGGGGCAUACCAAUGGGAAUGGACCCGAUCGUGUUCCCUCUGUUCUAGUUGCGGGCACGGAGAGGAGGACGGGUGCCAACGAAUGGCAACAGAACCAAGCGCCUGGCGAUGCUUCCGACUGGGAGCAUUUAGGAAGUCCCUCCGCUCUACGCUCGAACAACCCAUUUUUGAAACCCAAACAACCUGAACAAAAUCCGUGGGAGGAUCGGAGCUCCCGGCCUCAUUCUGAGGACACGGCUUCUUUAUCUCAGGAUGGCGCCAGUACGCGACUCGGUCAAGGUAGGCUAACUCCUUAA